AUGGUAGUUUGGGUGCAGUCUACCAGUGUGACUGAUGGAAGGAGUUUUCUUAGUUUGCACAGGUUACUAUCAUCGUUUUGUAGGAGAUGUCUCCACAAUAGCUGCACACUUGGCUCGGUUGAUGAGUCAGGGAAUCAAGUUGUAUGGACCGGGGAGUGUGAAUUGAGUUCUCAAGGAUUCAAAAGGUGGUUGAUCACCACACCAAUUUUAACUCUUUCCGAUGACAAAGGAAACUUUCUGAUGUAUAGUGGUGCAUCGUUGCAAGGCUUUGGGAUGCGUGUAAAUACAACGUGA